GUCAAGCAAGCUAGACAAGAAGCUGUCUGGAUCACUCAAGAACUACCACAAAAAGAAUGGCUCAACGCAAGCCAUCUCAGAUCAAAACUAGUUCCGUUACAGUACAUAUUGGGGUCCCAACCGUUUGGAAACUUGGAUAUUUCGUGUAAGAAAGGUGUAUUAAUACCUAGAUUGGAUACAGAAGAAUGGGUACUAGAAGCAUCUGAUAUACUAAGGGAUGUUAAAAUUGAUCACAUAGUGGAUUACUGUACUGGUUCUGGAUGUAUAGGUCUAGGUUUUGCUUCAGAGCUUCGAAAUACAACUCAAAUUGAAUGCAUUGACUACAAAGAUGAGGCUGUUGAUUUGGCCAGAAAGAAUCACGAACUAAACUCUAGUAACAUCCAGACUCAAAUAAAAUUUCAUAAGGGAAGUAUCUUUGAUAAGUACUUGCCCAGUGACGCAAACUACUUAGAUGAACGGUCACACAAUAUGCUAGUGUCAAACCCCCCAUACAUUCCGGAAGAAGAUUUGAUCUCGCCAGAGGUUGAGGAGAGUGUACUUAGAUAUGAGCCUAGAGAUGCUUUGCUCGGCGAUUCGGAGUUCUACGAAGCUCUUUGCUCUGAAAUACUCAUUAAAAACAAAUCGUUCAAGGGAUUUAUUUUUGAAUUGGGGUAUAUGCGUCAGGCGCAAACAGUAGCAAAACUCCUUGAUCGCAAACUUUGGAAUGUGGGAAUACGAAAUGAUAAGAGUGGAAAGUUAAGAAACGUUCUCGGAUGGAAGAGUAAUUCUCCAUUUACGGUUUUGGAAAACAUG